CUCAUUUACGGGGCUUCCAGGUGUAGAGAAGUCUGGGCUGUGUAGGUAGGGAAUAAAUACCAAUGAAUUUGCACGGGCCUAUCUCGUUUUCUUGCCCUUUGGCGGUAAGUGAGCUUUUGCCCUGGGGUGAUGUUAGGACCCAGUAAGCACAGUUCGCAGAGGUCUGCUGACCCGUCAGAGACGAGAGAACUAACGCUAGCCGCCAGGUCAAUACAACAAGCCCGUAGGCCAUGGGGACCAGAACAAAACCUGUGGGCCGCCCAGAACUGUGCAGGGAGCUUCUGAGAGCUCAGGGACCGAGCAUGAAUCAGCAAAGCUCCCGGUGGCCUCCAAAAUGGACCGGGCUGGGCGCGCUGAGACAGACGCGCCUCAAGAGAACACAGAAUCUAGCGAGGCCCGUGUGCUUUAUCAACCGCCCGUCUCUUGGGAGGUUCCCAUCCGCGGGACCAUCGGUGCCUCGUGCCUGAUAAACCGCGAGCGCCCCUGUACCCCGCCGCCGCCGCUGCCUCUCGGAGCUCCACCUCCCAGAAGGCAGCGAGAACCGCACAUGUGGCCAGUUUUUCAGCGGAAACGGCGUUGCGCAAGCGCAGAGAGAGCAGCUCGAACGUAAGCUCUGAGCGGCGCUUGCGCAUGGUUCCUCCAGCCCCGUUCACCCGGUCCACCGGGUUCCGGGCACCCUGUGCCUUUCUUACGUCACCACUAAGCAUGCGCUUUGGAAGGAGGGGCGAGCUUUUGGGAGACCGGCAGGAGGCGCGUCUUGGCUGCGGUCUAACGGCGCCUGCGCGGACGGGAGCCCGACUGGAACAUGGCGACUUGCGCUGAAAUCCUGCGGAGCGAAUUCCCCGAAAUUGACGGACAGGUCUUCGACUACGUGACGGGCGUCUUGCACAGCGGCAGCGCGGACUUCGAGUCUGUGGAUGACCUGGUGGAAGCGGUGGGGGAACUGUUGCAGGAGGUGUCCGGGGACAGCAAGGAUGACGCGGGCAUUAGGGCUGUGUGCCAGCGCAUGUACAACACUCUGCGCCUGUACGUGCCAGGGGAUGAGCCACAGACCCAGGGAAACAGCCAGGUGCUACUAGACGCCCCCAUCCAGUUGUCAAAGAUAACAGAAAACUAUGACUGUGGCACCAAACUUCCAGGACUGCUAAAGAGGGAACAGUCCUCGACAGUGAAUGCAAAGAAGCUAGAGAAGGCUGAGGCUCGACUGAAGGCAAAGCAGGAGAAGCGCUCAGAGAAGGACACACUCAAGACCAGCACUCCUCUAGUCUUGGAAGAGGCAUCAGCCAGCCAGGCAGGCAGCAGAAAGGAGAGUCGAUUGGAAUCAUCUGGCAAGAACAAAUCGUAUGAUGUGCGAAUUGAGAACUUUGAUGUGUCUUUUGGCGAUAGGGUACUACUGGCUGGAGCAGAUGUGAACCUGGCGUGGGGCCGCCGCUACGGGCUGGUGGGUCGCAAUGGGCUGGGGAAGACAACGCUCCUGAAGAUGUUGGCCACUCGGAGCCUGCGAGUUCCAGCCCACAUUUCCCUGCUGCACGUGGAGCAGGAGGUUGCUGGAGAUGACACCCCUGCCCUGCAGAGUGUGCUAGAGAGUGACACCGUGAGAGAGGACCUUCUGCAGAGGGAACAGGAGCUCAGCACCCAGAUUGCUGCUGGCAGGGCUGAGGGCUCAGAAGCUGCACAGUUGGCAGAAAUAUAUGCCAAAUUGGAGGAAAUUGAGGCUGACAAGGCACCUGCCAGGGCAUCAGUCAUUCUUGCUGGGCUUGGCUUUAACCCUAAAAUGCAGCAGCAGCCCACCCGGGAGUUCUCAGGUGGUUGGAGGAUGAGACUGGCCCUGGCCCGGGCUCUGUUUGCUAGGCCAGAUCUUCUGCUGUUGGAUGAACCCACAAACAUGCUGGAUGUAAGGGCCAUCCUGUGGCUGGAGAAUUACUUGCAAACAUGGCCCUCUACGAUCCUGGUCGUCUCCCACGACCGCAACUUCCUGAAUGCCAUAGCCACAGACAUCAUCCACCUGCACAGCCAGCGACUAGAUGGCUACCGGGGAGACUUUGAGGCCUUCAUCAAGAGCAAGCAGGAGCGGCUCCUCAACCAGCAGCGUGAAUAUGAGGCACAACAGCAGUAUCGCCAGCAUAUCCAGGUUUUCAUUGACCGAUUUCGCUACAAUGCCAACAGAGCCUCUCAAGUGCAGAGUAAACUUAAGAUGCUGGAGAAGCUACCAGAGCUGAAACCUGUGGACAAGGAGUUGGAGGUGGUGAUGAAGUUCCCCGAUGGGUUUGAGAAGUUCUCACCGCCAAUUCUGCAACUAGAUGAGGUGGAUUUCUACUAUGAUCCUAAGCACGUCAUCUUCAGCCAUCUCUCCGUCUCUGCUGAUCUCGAGUCCCGCAUUUGUGUGGUUGGGGAGAACGGGGCUGGGAAGUCUACCAUGCUGAAGCUGCUUAUGGGGGACCUGGCACCUGUGCGGGGCAUCCGGCACGCUCACAGGAAUCUGAAGAUUGGCUACUUCAGCCAGCACCAUGUGGAGCAGCUAGACCUGAACGUCAGUGCUGUGGAACUGCUGGCCCGCAAGUUUCCUGGGCGGCCUGAGGAGGAGUAUCGUCACCAGCUGGGCCGGUACGGCAUCUCUGGAGAACUGGCCAUGCGUCCUGUUGCCAGCUUGUCUGGAGGCCAGAAGAGCCGGGUAGCCUUUGCUCAGAUGACCAUGCCCUGCCCCAACUUCUACAUUCUGGAUGAACCCACAAACCACCUGGAUAUGGAGACGAUUGAGGCUCUGGGCCGUGCUCUCAACAAUUUCAGGGGUGGUGUGAUUUUGGUGUCCCACGAUGAGCGCUUCAUCCGGUUGGUGUGCCGGGAGUUGUGGGUGUGCGAAGGCGGUGGCGUCACCCGGGUCGAGGGGGGGUUUGACCAGUACCGUGCCCUUCUCCAGGAACAGUUCCGCCGUGAGGGCUUUCUCUAGGGCCACCAGGCUGAGGACUGUGCCCAGGAAAUGGACUGGUCUCUCAGACCCCUGGGCCACCAUGUAGGCAACCAUCUCUAGGCCACAGACUUCCCCUGACUUUGGGGACAGCCUUAUUUCCAAAUCUCCUUUUGACUGGAGCAUCCUCUGCACAGCCCAGGGAGCCCCAUCUAAGUGUCUGUGAGGACUGGUCUUCAAGGGAAGGAGUGGGAGGUGCCCUCUGGUUAUAGAUUCCGCCCCCCCCCACCCUGCCUCGGCUCUGACUGGGCCCCAAGUGGCUGCUGUGUAAAUUAAAUUUCCCCCUGCAUCUCCCUGGCCUCAUCUCUGCUGCUCCCUGGCAGGGCUGCAGUGCUUGUCCACUGUUAGGGGGUGUGGGCUCUGUGGUUUGGGAUUUUUGUAACACUUGUAUCAAUCAUGCAGAUGAAGCCAUGGCAGCAUGAGUCUUGUCUCUGGAAGGGGAGAGGUCAUUAAAGCCGCUGGGGCUCAGAGGUCACCUGCCUGACUUCGGGUGGGCCGAGCUGGCGGACUCGAGGGCAACGUCGUACAUCCCUGGAGUGCUGUUCCCCAUAGCCCAGGCUCAGCCUCCACUGAAGGGGGUUUGGUUUCUGCUGCCUCAGCCCCAGAACUGAUGCUGUAACCUGGCCUCCAACAUGGUUUGUCAUCUGCUCAGUCCAGUGGUCUUGACUUAGGUUCACCCUGCUUCUCUGAUCUAGACCCUCAGAUGGAGCUGAAGAGAAACCAAGAAACUAUCUUUGUCCCCAUUUUGCUUGGGUGGUUUCAUGUUCUUUAUUUUCCCUCGAACCAUGUAGGGGGGCCCGGGAAGUAGGGAAUUGAGAAUGGGGUUGAAUGGGAAGAAACAGCACUUUGUUUUCAGUUGAAGCGAUCUUGGAGAGGAGAUGUUUAACAGAGGUUGUAUGACUUAAAAUAUUGUUUCUUGAGGACUCAGCUGCUAUAUGUAAUUGUUAGAAGACACUAAAAUAGGAACCUUGCAUUCCUGAAAGACAAUGGAGAAACCAAGAGUCCACAGAAGGAACUUGCUGGCUUCGUGGAGAAUUGUAGUCCUAGACCUCAACCUAGGAUUCUUAGCCCCUGAGGCUAUCGUGGUGUGUAGGUAACUGGAGGAAAGAGCCUGUUUUGGAGGAAAGGAGAAUAAAGACAGGAACGCUCUGUUUACUACAGAACAGGUGCUGAUGGACACAGGAAGCUGGCCAAGGGGCCACUUGUCAGCCAGCCUCCUCAGCCUCCCUCCCUCUCAGAAGGACAGCCAUGUCUGUGGCCAUGUGCACCCUCGAAGUCCUGAGAGCCUUCUCACAGCCGCUCCCAAACUCCCACCUCAGGCCUGCAGGUGGGCCAGUCGGGGGCCAUCUAGGGUAGUCUCCAUGCAUGCCUGUUUGCCGGGCUCUCGGCCCGUUCACCCCUCAGUAACUCGUGAAUCCUGAUAGGAGUCCUCAACUCGUCAGUCAGUGAAAAUGCAGCUGAAGGGCUGUGACACACAGUCUGCUGCUUCGGCAGUGGUUUUGUGUGCAGAGAGCACAGGCCUUGGAGUUGGGCCUGAGAUCAAGUCCCAGCAACAUCACUAGUAAUCGAGGGAGCCGCCAACAUGAGCUGGGUAACCACAGCAAAUCACUGAACCUUUUGGAACACCUUCCUCCUCGGUUUCUUUAUAGGAUUGUUGUGCGGAUUAGCUGGCAAGCACAUGAUGCAUAAGCACUCAGAGUGAUUCUUGGGUGACCAGUCUGUGAUUUGAAGACUAUAUUUGAGGAAAGAGGUAAAUUUUUUCGAGUGACUCCCAAACUCCAGUUUGGGCUCAAAGGAAGGAAAACUUUUUAAAAAGCUCAGGCUGCUUUCUGAGAGUGAGUUUCCCGUCUCAGACUGUUCAGCCCUGCCAGGAUCUGGAGAAGGGCUCUCUGGAGGAGCACUGGUUAGCCUCUGGGUCGGCUUCCAAUUUUAUGAUUCCAUGAAAGAAAUGUGAAGAGUUUUUGUGUAUGACAAUAAUAAGCCUAUACUGCGGGACUUCCAAAAGGUAGGAAGAAUGAAUUGUAGCAGCUGAGAAAGAGCCCGCAGUAAGUGUGUAGAGUGAACUUCUGAAAAUCAGGGGAGGGCAGUUGGCAAAAGAUGCCUGUCUUGAGGGAUGGAAAAUGUGGGCCAGUCACCCAGCUCCAUCUUAGCAUGGAACAGGGAGAGGAAGGUGACACAAAAGACUUCCGUUGAUCACUCCAGGUAACCCAUCAUGGCAGCCACCCCUUUCAUGCUGUGGAGACCCUGUCUAACUCCAACCACUGGGAACCUAGCUGAUCCUUCCACAGCUGCUGGUGCUGGAGCUGCCCUGGCCCCGUCAGGUCUUUAAACCAGUCCAGAGCUGGCGGGGUUGAAAGGCCUCAGUCUGCAGGGUCUUCACUGAAAUCCUGGCCUCCCUGCUUCUGCUGGCCUUCCCACACUCACCAAUGCCUUCUCAGUCCCUGCUUCUGCUGGUUGGUUCCCAGUGGACCAGGGUGCGACAGGUCUCUGUACCAAUCUCCCUGCCGCUCAGAGAUGCCAGUCACAGAAUUAUUUAUUCCGAUGCGCUAUUACUUGAGAUUUGUUUGAGGUAGACUUUCUGCUAAGCUCUCACUAAUUUCCAGGUAAAUUUUAGCGAGUAGGAGAGAAGGUGCCUUUUACCCUGUCUGGCCAUGCCCCAGCCUGAUCUGUCAUUUUGGAACAGAACAUCCUACUAGGAGCUGCUCCCCAGGCCUUUUCUGGUCCAACCACAGAUACAAACCAAACAACACCCUGAUAGCAUCAGAGCACCGUGCCUCAGCCUGAGCAUGCAGACUGGAUGACAGCCUCUGGGAGGCACCUGGCGGGGUGGGUCCAUAACCUGACUGCAGGGCUGCGAAGGUUUUUCAGACCUGGAGCAAUGGACUCCGCUUCAACCCCACGCUCCUCCAAGUGGGUUUCCCGGCACUGUGCUCCCCCAUGACAAGCUGUGUGCAGUUAAGAUCGUAGUUCCCAGGUUGCCUGGAUAUCCUUGAAUGGCUUCCUCUUUUUUGCAUCUUCUGUGCAUCUUCUAAGCUCAAUUAAAAUGCUUCGUAAGUGAAUAUUUGGGAAAAACUGAUGUGAAAAAAAGUAGAGAACAACAUUGGAGGAGGAGAGAGCAGAGGCAAGGAGACCAGCAGAGAGACUGUGACUAAAAUCCAGCCCUAAGGACAUGGGGUCAGGCUGUUGGAGGCGGAGGUGAGACCCGGGAGGGUGGUGUGCAGACUCAGCAAGAGGUUUUGAGCUCUGCGCAAAUGAGGGAGGGCUUCUUUUUCUUGGCCUGAGUCCUUAAAUAAGUGAAAUGAAAUGAAAGCUUUGGGACACCAAGACUUUAAAAAGGGAUCCUUUUAAACCUCCCUUGUUCAACACCAUGCUAAGGCAAUCAUAACGGUUAAUAUUUAUUGGGGUCUUUUGUAACAGGUACCAUUGUAAGUGCUUUGCUUGCGCUAAAUCAGUCCUCACAACCCUGCAAACUGGCACAGUCAUUAUCGCCAUUUUACAGAGGAGGAACCGGAGUUGACAGUGGGUGUCAGGGCAGGAUUUAGGCCAGGCUGGCUCUAGACCUCAGCUCUUAAGUGCUACAUAGCUGCCACUUAGCUCCUACUGUGACAGGCUGAACGGUCCUUAAUUCCAACACUUAAAACUCAUCAUUAAUUGCGUGGGGGAGGAGAGGGGUGAGGUUGGAGCAAGCUUCUCUCAGGAGGGCGAGCUGAUGAGUGGGAGUACCUGGCACGGGCUGACAUGUUAGGUGCUCAGUGAAUUGUUAAGUGAUCCGAAAACACGUGGUAUAGUAUAGGGAGGAGUCUCCCUCGGGGUGGGUUAGCCCCACUCUGCCACUGAGGGCAUCUUGGGCAAGUCAACCUCUCCUGAGUACAUUCUCCUUACCCACAGAAUGGGCAUAAUGCAGUUUGUCCUGCCUGCUUCUUUGGAUGGAUUAAUUGAAACAAGGUCUUGUAUAAACUGAAUAAAUUUUUUCAUAAACUGUAAA